CUCACACACCGCAUUCACAGGGAACAUUCCUUCACACAAAAACAAUAUUUCCCUUUUCAUCAACCUUUCCCAAAAAUCCUAAAGACUCCUUUUCUAAUCCUUUUUGACGUUUAAUCAAUGCUUCCCAAAUUUUUUUUUAAUCUUUCUUCACAAAAUAAAGAAAAAAGAAUUGCUCGCUUGUUUUCGUUUUUAAAUAUAGAAAAGGAAUUAAAUGUUGCGGUGAAUUGAAACUAUGGUAUGUGGUGGAUCCGUCAUGGAACAUUCGGAUUUAGCGGUUGAUUUGCCUCUUUCUGCCAUAGCAGAAGCUUUUGAAGAGCUCGCAAAAAAGGUUAAUGAAAGGAAGAACGAACAACAACAUAUUCGGUUGGAUAUAUUUUGCGAAACCGCUUCUCUUGUUUCUAUUCUUUUUCGUUGUCUUGGCCUUGCUUUCAAAUUUGCUGAAAUGGAAUACGUUGCGAAGCUACAUGGACUAGUGGAAGCAUCAAAGACGUGUCAGACUUUACAAGAAAUAAUUGACCUUGAUGUCGCCAAUGACACGGUGAAAACAUCAGGAAGUUCUUCACGUAACCUACGCAGAGUUCAACAGGGUCUUGAUCUCGUUAGAGCUAUAUUUGAACAACUUUUGUCAACUGAUGAUAUUUCUCUGAAAGGAGUGGCUUCAACAGCUUAUGGAGAGGUGUGUGCACCGUAUCACACAUGGACCGUCAGAACGGCUGUAUAUGCUGGGAUGUAUACACUUCCGACGAGAGACCAACUUUUUUUCAAGCUCAAUGAAACAGAGCAAUCAGCUGAGAAGAAGAUGAGGAGGUACAUUAGUGCAUCACUUCCAGUUAUAGAAUACAUUGAUAAACUGUACCUUUCACGAAAUAUUGUGUUGAACUGGUGAGUUCAUAUAAAGAGAUAAAUUUGAAGAAGAAAUCAAAUGCUAGGUCUGGUUGUUAGAAGAUAGUGAUGUGGCUCCAUUGAUAUAACAAUAUACAUGCUUCAUUUUUUCUUAUAACCAAUAUGUACAUUUAAUUAUGUCAGUUUCUUAGCGGCUGUUUGGAGCUUUAGGGAGAUGUAAAAAAUAGGGUUUUAAUAAAAUGAUUAUAUUGAUGUGUUGUUUUGUUUUUUAUAUACAUAUACAUCAUUUAUUUGAAGGAAA